CGCCCUCAGCCCGCCCGCCCGCCGGAGAGUGAGCGGCGCCCGGGCCGCCCCGCCAGUCCGCGUUCGCCGGCCGCCGUCCGGGCGCGCGCAGCGAGCGGUCGCGACUAUGCCAAGAUGGUCCUGCAGGCGCGGAACAAGCACCGGGAGGCGGCCCCCAAGCCGCCCCAGCCGCCCCGCGCCUCGCAGUCGCCGCUGAGGGGGGCGCCCGACGCCGGCGCCGGGGAGCCCGGGCCCGAGCGCGCGCCCCCGUCCCCCGGGCGCAAGGGCGCCGCGGGCAGGAAGGGGCCCCGCGCCGAGUCCGCCGCGCCGCCCGCCUGGGGCGGCCUCGGGGGGCGCCUGGCGGCCGGGCUGCGCGGGGCGCUGGGCCUGCGGCGCGCGGGGCGCGGCCGGACCUGGACCACGCUCCUGCUAGCCGCCUUCGCAGCAGUGUUGCACUGGAGCCAUAUUACACACCUCUUUGAAAAUGAUCGUCAUUUUUCUCACCUCUCGACGUUGGAAAGGGAGAUGGCUUUUCGCACUGAAAUGGGACUAUAUUAUUCCUACUUCAAGACUAUUGUGGAGGCACCCUCGUUUUUGAAUGGAGUGUGGAUGAUUAUGAAUGAUAAGCUGACUGAAUACCCUCUUGUUAUUAAUACAUUAAAAAGGUUCAAUCUUUACCCCGAGGUAAUCUUAGCCAGCUGGUACCGAAUUUAUACCAAAAUAAUGGACUUGAUUGGUAUUCAAACCAAGAUAUGUUGGACAGUUACCAGAGGGGAAGGACUCAGUCCAAUUGAAAGCUGUGAAGGAUUGGGAGAUCCUGCUUGCUUUUAUGUUGCUGUAAUUUUUAUUUUAAAUGGACUAAUGAUGGCAUUAUUCUUCAUAUAUGGCACAUAUUUAAGCGGUAGCCGAUUGGGAGGCCUAGUCACAGUGUUGUGCUUCUUUUUCAACCACGGAGAGUGUACCCGUGUGAUGUGGACACCACCUCUCCGUGAGAGCUUCUCAUAUCCAUUCCUUGUGCUUCAGAUGUUGCUUGUGACUCAUAUUCUCAGGGCUACAAAACUUUAUCGAGGCAGCUUGAUUGCACUCUGCAUCUCCAAUGUGUUUUUCAUGCUUCCGUGGCAGUUUGCUCAGUUUGUGCUUCUCACUCAGAUUGCAUCAUUAUUUGCAGUAUAUGUUGUGGGAUAUAUUGAUAUAUGCAAAUUACAGAAGAUCAUUUAUAUACACAUGAUUUCUCUUGCACUUUGUUUUGUUUUGAUGUUUGGAAACUCAAUGUUAUUAACUUCUUAUUAUGCUUCCUCUUUGGUAAUUAUUUGGGGUAUACUGGCAAUGAAACCACAUUUCCUGAGAAUAAAUGUAUCUGAACUUAGUUUAUGGGUUAUCCAAGGAUGUUUUUGGUUGUUUGGAACUGUCAUACUCAAGUAUUUGACAUCUAAAAUCUUUGGCAUUGCAGAUGAUGCUCAUAUUGGCAACCUGUUAACAUCAAAAUUCUUCAGUUACAAGGAUUUUGAUACUUUAUUGUAUACCUGUGCAGCAGAGUUUGACUUUAUGGAGAAGGAGACUCCACUGCGGUAUACAAAGACGUUAUUGCUUCCGGUUGUUCUUGUCGUGUUUAUUGCAAUUGUUAGAAAGAUUGUUAGUGACAUGUGGGGUGUCUUAACUAAACAACAGACACAUAUAAGAAAACCCCAGUUUGAUCAUGGAGAGCUGGUUUAUCAUGCAUUGCAACUGUUAGCAUAUACAGCCCUUGGUAUUUUAAUUAUGAGACUAAAACUCUUCUUGACACCACAUAUGUGUGUUAUGGCUUCCUUGAUCUGCUCAAGACAGCUGUUUGGAUGGCUGUUUUGCAAAGUACAUCCUGGUGCUGUUGUUUUUGCUGUAUUAGCAGCAAUGUCAAUACAAGGUUCAGCAAAUCUGCAGACUCAGUGGAAUAUUGUAGGGGAAUUCAGCAAUUUGCCACAAGAAGAACUUAUAGAAUGGAUCAAAUAUAGUACUAAGCCAGAUGCAGUGUUUGCGGGAGCCAUGCCCACAAUGGCGAGUGUCAAACUCUCCGCGCUUCGGCCCGUUGUGAAUCAUCCACAUUAUGAAGAUGCGGGUUUGAGAGCCAGAACGAAAAUAGUAUACUCGAUGUAUAGUCGAAAAGCAGCUGAAGAAGUUAAGCGAGAAUUGAUAAAGUUACAAGUGAAUUAUUACAUUCUAGAAGAGUCAUGGUGUAUAAGAAGAUCCAAGCCUGGUUGCAGUAUGCCUGAAAUUUGGGAUGUGGAAGAUCCUGCUAACGCUGGGAAACCUCCCUUAUGUAACCUCUUGGUGAAGGAUUCCAAGCCUCACUUCACCACCGUAUUCCAGAACAGUGUUUACAAAGUCUUGGAAGUCAUAGAAGAGUGACUGCUGCCCACAGAGAAGUACAUCAGUCAUGGUUUUCAUGUUUUGCUAAUAACUCACGCCUUGUUUUUAAUUCAAAUCCCAAAAACUUUUAUGGGUAACUGUUUUCAAAUAGAAAACGUUUUAUUUGGUCAAUUUGAAUGUCAUUCUGAUUGUAAAAAUACUUACACUUUUAUCAAUUGGUUACUAUUUCAAUGCACCCCAUAGAAUUUGCUAUGCAAAUGAGUAUAUGCUUGUACUUGACUUAACUAUUUGUGCUAAAGUGAGCAAAACUACCUGUAUAAAAAAUAUGAUGGGUCAUCCAAGGAUAAUAUGAAACUGUAGUCCAUUCUGAACCGUGUAGGGGCUGAUUUUACAGUUUAUGGACUAUUGAUGCCCCUUGCUUCUUUUUCUGCCUCUUGCUCUUGUCUUUUGGACGUUUCAGUGAUUAUUGAAUUCUCCUCAAUCAUGUCGGCCCCUGUCAUCAACUUCAGUAAGAGUAGAUGGGGCAGACAUGGGUAUUUGCUAUGUAGAAUUUUCUGUUUAUUUCACUUCACGUUCCUUUGUUCUCUGUUGCUCUUGUUAAUGAAGCAUUUCCUGCCCAUUAUUAAUCCAAACUCUUGGACCUGAUAGUCAGGACCAAAUUCCUGUAACUGUCAACCAUGUGGCAUUAUCGUGUCUUUCUCUCUUUCUCUCCCAAUAUUCUUUGUCAGAUAAGUGUUAUUUACUCAUUUAGUUGUUUAUCAAGUACUUAUUCUUGGUUGAAAAAAAAUUUAGUCGCAAUUGUGUAUUUUUCUCAUCCUUAGUAUUAUUCAAAUGUUUAUAUUUUAAUACUUUUAAACCACUUUUAAAAUUUUUCAUGUUUAAUUGUAGUUUUAAGAAAAACUAUUUUGACCAACCCCAAAUAUAAUGCGUCUAGAAACUAAUGUAUAUUUGAGUAGACAUAAUUUACAGUGGAACAGUAGACUGUAGUAUGUGGUAAUUUUUAUUUUACUAUUAAGAUACAAUAAAACAUGAAUAAUUUUUCUGUCAAAAAAGUAAAUGAAUAAUGAUAAGUGAAUGAAGUUUUUAUAUUUGCUUUUAAAAUUGCCUGUCUUUAAUAAGACAAAGCCUUAAGCCUUAUGCUAUAGUUUUGGUUCCAAAAACCAUCAUUUCAGUAUGAGGAAUGAAUAUAUUCAGCCUUCCUCUUUAUUUUUUUUCCUUCCUAUUUAUUUUUAUUUUGAAAAAUGUUCAAACCUGCUUUGAAUUCCUAGUAUGAAUUUUUGUUUCUUAGAAGUUAAUUUGUGUGAAAUGAGAUUCUUCAAAACAGUGAAUCCUCAUAGUUCUGAGAAAUGGUUUUAAGAUUUUAAAUUCUAAGCAAACCAUGACUCUGGCAGACUACACAUUUAAUUAUACAGUGUUCUCUUUAUUAACCACAGGCAGAUUAACCUCAUUGUGGAUUGUCCUUGAGACCUGAGUCCUCAGGGAUGGUUUCCAGUGCCCGCUCCUGGGAGCCACUGAAGAGCUGUUCUCUUUCUGCCUUCUCACCAGAGCCCAAGGACAAGCCUGGUCUGGGGGAAGCACUAGCUUGCUUAGAACAGACAGCUGCAAAGACGGCCUCGGCUGAGGAGUGUGCAGCCUCGGCCUGCCCCAGAGCCCAUGUUUCCCCUGGGGGCCUCCUUCUGACCCAGGGGGCCUCCUCCUCACCCCGAGGUUCGGUCAGUGUCUUCAGGUGCCUGCCCCUCUUUCUUGCUUGCUGGGUGACUUUUAUUUCUUGGGCUUUUGCCAGUUUCAGAGAACAGGGAAGCAGCCCGGGAGUUGCGGGUUAGGAGUAGAAUUUGAGCAAUGAUGCAGCAAUCCAGAAAAACAGGGCGAGGGCACUUAAGGCCCAGGAGGGUGAGAGCUGCCCUGGAUGUGAGCCGGAAGAAGGGAGUAUGCCCUGCCCUGUCUGGGAUUGUUUCUCACCCGAAUGUGGCUGUUUUGUACAUCCAGCGGUUACAAUUUUUUAAAAAAUCAUACUUUUAAAGUUAUUCUUCCCACCCUCUAAUCCCUUCCUAAUAAAUUCACGUGUAAUGAUUGGAAAUUCUGUACAGCAAAAACAUUAAAAUACUGUUAGAACUGUUUCAUAUGCUGGGAAAAGUUAAAAGCAGUCAAAGUAGAUUUUUUCAGAAGAAUCCUUUUGUAACAAUUUAUUAAUGUAACUCCACCAGCAAGCUAUGAUUAUAUUUUAGGCCAGUCAGUUUAGAACAGAGGCCUUGGGCUACACUGCACACUCAGCCUUGGUCACAUCUGGUAGCAGCCGGUGCUGUAGAUUAUAAAUAUCUUUUAUGGCAACAUAGAGUAGUAGUAGGUUCGAUAUCCAUGACAAAACAGUAUUAAAGCUCAGUAUUUUAUGCAUUUUUAGCAUUAAAAAUAUCAUUGCUUUAGUAUGAGGAAGGUGAGGAUGGACAAGGAGGCAAUAAAAAUAGCUAUUGCUGUGACAUAAAAAAACAAAGUUGGGGCAGUAUUUCUAAAAAGAUAAGCCUCUAAAAAUACCUAGCAGAAAAAGUGUAGUCUUAAAAUAGGACAAUGAUAUUAAGGAGAAAAUGAAAGGAUGUAUCAGGAAUAAAGUGGUAUUGCAUAGGAGUAUUGUAUUUUUAUGAAUUUUAUGCCAGUUGUUUACAUGUAAAAUGUAUGUUAAAUAAAAAAGAUCAUGAAAAAUA